AUGAAAAUUUUUAUUUGUCUAAAUUUUAUUCUUUGUUGGAUAAUUUAUCCUGUUUAUCCAUUUGGUCAUUCAUUAUUACCACUAUUUUCUCUUGAUCGAUCUUAUAUAAAUAUAAAUCAUGGUUCAUAUGGUUCAGCACCCAAAUAUGUUCAUGAAAAACUUCAUGAAUAUCAAUUACAAGCUGAACGUAAUCCUGAUCGAUGGUAUCGUUUGGAUGUUCAAGUUGCAAUGAAAAAAUUACGAGAAAAAUUAAGUAAAUAUGUUAAUUGUGAUCCAGAUGAUCUUGUUAUACUUGAUAAUGCAUCAGCUGCCAUAAAUUCAAUUUUUAAAUCAAUAAAAUUAAAAUCGAAUGAAACUAUUAUAUAUUAUAGUACUGCAUAUAGAAUGGUUAAAUUAACAUUACAAUAUAUAUCAACAGAAAUAUUUUCACAAGAACAAAUUAUUCAAAUUGAACUUGAUCAUCAAACAAUUCAAAAUACAAAUUUAUUAUUAGAAAAAACUCAAGAUACAAUAAAUAAACUAAAAAAAUGUUAA